AUGGCAGAUUCUCUUGUAUCGUGCAUUGUCUACCCGAUAGCUGUGCCUCACCAGUCGCGUCAACUGCAUCCUCGGCACUCUCGCAAGAUGAUGCAUCUGAGGCGGUGUCUUCAGUGUGGCUACGUCACAGAUAGCGAACACUCUAUGAAGCAUCACCAAAGGAUUCACACGGGCGAGCGCCCGUACCAGUGUGAGCACUGUCACUUGGCCUUCAAGCAGAUGGGCCACCUGAACAGGCACCUUCGCAUCCACACCGGCGAGAGACCUUUCCAGUGCCACCUCUGUCCCAUGGAUUUCACGCGAAAGUACCUACUUGUAAGGCACUUGGAAACUCAUACUGGCAGGACAGUCCAUCUGAGCAAUGCUCUCGACAGUCAUUCGGUCAAGGCAAUGCUCUCUGCAGCAGAUGGCUUCCAACUAAACGGUGUAGAAGAUGUCAGCUCGCGCUUCCGUGGUCCAUAUACUUUUGCUCACGAGUGCCGGUUUGCUGUGUCUCGCCACCUGAACCAUCCUCUGCGCUCUCGCGAGAUGGGCUAUGUGAAGUGGUGUCUUACAUGUGACCACACCACAAACUACAAGCGGGUCAUGGCGAUACACCAAAGGACCCACGAUAGAGACGAGCGCCCGUACGAAUGCAACCAAUGCAGCCGGGCCUUUAGGCAACGAAGCGACCUGACCAGACAUGUCCAUAUCCACACUGGCGAGAAACCUUUCGUGUGCAACCUUUCUCCUAUGAGCUUUACUCAAAAGUGUCGGGCAUGUCCAUCGUUUGCUCUGGCGACACAGUUGCACAUUUUGCCACAGCAUGCGCGACCAACUGGCCCCAGCCCUCUGAGCAUUGUACUCGAUGCCACCGAUUGA